UAGAUGUAUAUGCAAAGGAAUACGUGACGUCAUAUAGCGACAAAUCUGAUGCUUGGCAUCUACUUCUGAGAAGAAAACAGCUAGAACGAAGCAUAGCUACUUCUACAAAUUGUGUGGUCGACAGAAAAUCUUGGAAACAUGGUGAAAGAUCUUAAUAAACCGAAGGGGAAGACAUCUGCGUAUGCUUUCUUCGUCAAGACGUGCCGAGAGGAGCAUAAGAUAAAAAGUCCGGGCACAUCUGUGAACUUCGCAGAAUUCUCAAAGGAAUGCUCGGUGAGGUGGAAGAUCCUGACUGCAAAGGAAAAAGGCCUGUUUGAAGACAGGGCGAAAGUCGACAAAGCUCGCUACGACCGCGAGAUGAGAAGCUACAUACCUCCUAAAGGUUCAAAGAAAAGGAAGGUGAAGGACCCCAAUGCCCCCAAGCGUCCUCCAUCUGCAUUCUUCGUGUUCUGUUCUGAGCACCGCGCAUCCCUGAAAGGCGAGAACCCAGGUAUCACUAUUGGAGAAAUAGCGAAGAAACUGGGAGAGAUGUGGGCUAAGCAGUCAGCUUCAGACAAAGCCCCAUUUGAGCAGACGGCAGCAAAACUGAGGGAAAAAUAUGAGAAGGAUGUUGCAGCAUAUCGUGGAAAGGGCAUUGUUGGCCACAAGGGACCACCAGUUCAUUCAUUGGGAUCUGCCAAGGUUGAACCGAUGGAGGACGAUGACGAGGACGAAGAUGAUAACGACGACAUCGAUGACGAAGAUGACGAUUAGUUCGGAGUGUAUUGGUUCUGAAACUUGAGCUGUGUACUAUACAGAACAAGGAAUCCAUGUCAAUAGUUGUAUCCGAGGUGGUAUUUUCAGAAUGAACAGAAAUGUGUACAUACACAUGCCGUUUUGUGGAGUAUGUAGUACUUAUUCUUUAAAGCACUGCGUUUUUAUAUUUUAGGUAGUGUGGCAAUUCUCGAAUGCCCUUAUACAAAUGUAACAAGUUUGUUCAAUUGUUAUUUUUAACUUUCUUUGAAAAUACACUACAGCCUACAGUUGUCUUACUUGUAGGUUACGUUUUUUUUUUUUAUAAUAAAGUUUUGAAUAAUA